GGUCGGCUGGGGUCGCUCGGUUUAGGCGGGAAAAUGGAGACGUUCGGCAGGUUCACGAGCAUGCUGCUGCACGCGCUGGAGACGAGGGAGCCCACGGUGGAGCUGUUUGACUCGUUUGUCGAUCACUGGAAAUCAAUCACCAAUUAUUAUAUCGAUACGACAGAUGACAGUCGUCCUGUCAGACAGACGGACAUCCCCUGGCAUCUCAGACAGAUGUUGGACAUCCUGGUGUACGAGGAGAAGCAGCAGGCCGUGGAGGACACAGGAGCCUGUAUGGAGUACCUGCUGCAGCACAAGCUGUUGGAGACUCUGUGCACACUGGGGAAGGCUCAGUAUCCUCCAGGGAUGUCCCAGCAGGUGCUCCUCUUCUUCUCCAAGCUCCUGUCUCAGGUGCAGAAGCCUCUGCUGCAGCUGGUGAACGUCUACAGACCUGUGCAGAAGCUGAUUUGCCUUUGUGCGCUUCCUGGUUCCCAGACUGAAAAGGAGGAAGCUCAGUUCCUAUUGGUCGUCUGCUCCAGAGUGAAGCAGGAUCCCCACACGCUCAGAUACGUCUUACAGCUUCCAGACCAACCAGUAAGCAGUACACUGAGCUCUGACCAAUCAGAGAGCAGCAUGCAGGCAUCCAGUCGGGGGACAGAUCCUCCGCUGCCCUGCGGCCCCAUCCAAUCAGAGAGCUGUCUGCUGAGGGCCCUGCUGGGUCUCACUAAGAGCCAGAGCACCUCAGUGUGUCUGAAGGCCCACGAGAGCCUCCUGCUGCUCUGCGGGCUGCAGGCUGGGUUCUCAGGGGAGCUGCUGAGCACUCACACCCAGCUGGGAGAGCUGCUGGCUGUGAGGCUGCAGGACCUCUACUCCCUGCUGCCUAUGGAGGACGCUGCAGAGCUGCAGAGCUGGCCUCACACGCCCUGGAGCUCUCAGUUCUCUCACCUCAGCACUGACCCCAGCUCACAGUCUGUGGGUCACAUGAUCAAUUUCUUCUGCUGGCUGGACUUCCUGGAUCACCUGAUGAGACAGGCACCACAGGUGUUGUCAGUGAAGUUGGCUGUGUGUGUUCAUCAGCUCUGGUUGGUGGAGCUUCUUCAGCCUCAGCUGUUGGACACGUGUGAGCAGGUGGUGCUGGGCUCCACCUCCGUCCUCUGUGCCACUGUCAGGCUCGUCCAGUCCUCAUCCCUGCUGGAUCAGCUCGUCCACUUCCUGCUGCGGAGCGACGCCGCUCAGCCGCUGCUGCGCCGCUGCGACCACAUCUCUGACCAGAUCAGCAUGGUGUCGCUCUGUCUGGUGGAGGAGCUGCUCCAGAAGCCUCACAGGGACGUGUUGGACGUGCUGGUGCUGAGUUUCCUGCACACUCAGAGUUACCUGAGUCCACCGGCCUCGGCACAGGAGGAGCGGCAGACGGAGAGUGGCGAGGACAGCGAAGACCCAGAGGACGACCCCUUCUUUUCCGACAGCCUGACCUUCUCAGACAGUCCCCACCCCCCUCCGCCUCCUCCACCCGGACCCCAGACAGCUGAUGAUGUCAUCAACAGUUUCCUGUGUUUGGUUCCUGUUCAGGUGCGGUCGUCUCAGCUGCUGCAGGAAGGAGGAUACGAGACGUACGUCCACGACGCUCACACACUGGUGACCGAGUGUCAGGCUCUCUCGCUGUCCUGGGAUUGGCCGCUUACUCCCCCCCCCCUUUCCCUGUCGUCAGGUAAAGACUCCGCCUCCUUCUUUGAAGGUCACCUGCUAAAAGUUCUCUUUGACCGUCUGGGACGCCUCCUGGAGCAGCCGUACGAGUUGAACCUGCAGCUGACGGCUGUUCUCUCCAGGCUGUCGGCGUUCAGCCACCCUCUGCUGCACGAGUACCUGCUCAACCCCUACAUACACCUGUCUCAGUCCUCCAGGUCACUCUUCUCUGUCCUCAUCAGGGUGAUGGGAGAGCUGAUGCAGAGGAUCCAGCAGGUCUCUAACCUGAGCGAGCGACUGCUGAACACCAGGAGAGCGCUGCUGGGCCUGCCGCACGACCCCGGACUGGAUCACCUGACCCUGCUCAAAGGAGUCAUCGUCCUCGAGGAGUUCUGCAAGGAGCUUGCUGCCAUCGCCUUCGUCAAGCUGCCCCAGGACCAGGACUGAGUCACCUGGAACUUUGGAUUACAGAUCAACAUGUAAACAUUGGCUCACCUGCUGCAGGUGCACCUGGGAGGAAGAAGCAGAUUCAGAGUCUUCAAGUGUUUUUUAAGUUCUUCUUGUAUAGCGAAAAACUGGCCGAUGUCUUGGUGCCGUUUCUGAGGCGACCUGAACACCUCGGCGUCACUCUGCGUUUGAUUGGUCAGCACGUUUAUUUAUGGUUUUAGUCUUUAGCUGAUUUUAAACAAACAGGAAGUGGUGUCAGAGUCCAGUUUUGAAUGUGUCACAUGUCAGUGAGACGUUCCCAUUGGACGAUCACAUGGAGUGAUGUCAGCACGUUACACUUAGAAACUGCGAUUAAACACACUGUCAAAGCGAGCAAUGCCUGUCAUGUGACAUGUCAGUGAAUCUCAUUGACUGUGUGGGCGCGGUUUGAUGAAUGGAGCCAGGGUUAAUGAGCCGUCUGAUUGGCUGAACACGCAUUUAAAUACAGAGAAACCCUCAUGGGGCCGAGUCCUCAUUCAUCAUUAGCCCCGCCCUAAAUGUUGUCAAUCACCGUGCAACCAUGUUGCUUAGUUUCUGGUGAAAGAGAGCAACUGUUUAUCAGCUUCACUGGAUGAAACUUUACUGCCUGAUGGACUUCCUGCUGCUUUCACAUGGCGAGUGUCACAUCGAAGUCACUCCUCCCUUUGGCGGGAACACCUGUCCACAUACUUUUGGUCCACUGAGCAAACAGUAUGAAAAAGCUUUGAAUAAUUGAUGAUGAUGAUGAAGAGUUUCAUGUGUGAGACAAUAAAAGUGCUGACAGCC